UGGUUGGAGGCUCUGACAGACAUCUUCCCACUGGAAGCUUAGCGCGUCACGAUGAGGGCGGACAGUGGUGUGGUCCUGUGUCACGGGAGGCUGAGGGUGCCGCCUUAAAGCGUGCCGAGUUAUUGGAUACGUGUUGUUGCUAGGGGCGUGGGUUGCUCCGUGAAAUAUUCUAGUUAUCCCAAACCUGGAAGAAAUUAAAUAUAGGAAGGCAACAGUCUUAUCAGCUGGACGACAGACGCGUUGAGAGCUUCCUGAUUCAACCUGAGGGAAACUGUGCCGCAGUGAGCAUUAUCCAAUAAGCGAUCCUGUCCAUCCUGCACUCUCUAGGUGCACACCAUGGAGAGGAAAGAAGUACGCGGGGAUAGUUAAAGGAACAGUGCAAAGAAGCCGAGGUCACACUUAUCUGAACUUAUUCCGAUUUUCACUUGGAACACCUGCUAUUUAUUUGCAUCAAACAGAGUCCGGAUGGAUGAGCCUCUACAGGGUAUGACAGCUGCGCACUUGGGCAUCCCGUGAUCUGUGUAAGGAUGGAUUAGUGAGCGGUACAGUCUAAACAUCCUGUCCUGACCGCUGUAGGCCAGCGAUUUGUCUGCGGAACUAAUCACAUUUCUAUACUUUGGGCUGGAGCGGCAACCUUAUGCAAUGUGGAGGGAACUGUGUUUGUGAGCUCAUAGGUUAAACUGCCAAUGACAUCAGGCUUAACUUGAAUAGCUCGGUGCUGUAUUGCAGCAAGGUGGACCGGGGCGUGAGGUGGCAAAGAGCAAUGCGCGCAUCCUCAGAGCUGGACAUUUUGUAGUGGUGUUCUGUGUCCUAAACAAAUUCAAGGCAUAAGGCCAUACAUCCUGAUCCGGCGAACUGCGUCACUGCAUGCGAGUGUUGCAGGUAAAGGCAAAUCCCACCACCGGGAGAGGAGCAUGCCCAUCGUUCUUCCUGCACAAUGUCGCCGGUAAGUGCUUAACAUUUUACCUGGGAUGGAUUCGGCGGAUCAUUCAAGCAAAGAUCCGCCACUGGGAUCCACAUUUUCCUCAGCCCCCAAUUUAGACUCGGACAUCAAUGCAAAUUCCCGUAGGCCUAUUUAUCAGAAUGGGACAGACCACAAUGUCAACAUCCAAAACGCAGCCCUGCGAGGAGCAAGUGACCCCAGCGCAUACCCGUACACAGACUACCGGGCGCUGGUCCGCCAGAGGUUCAUUCGGCGGAGUUUGUGGGUGUCAGACAGCGAGGAGCAUCAGCCGGUUGACACGCCGGUGGAGUCUGCCAACGUCACCCCGGUGCCCCACAUUGACCUGCGGACACUCGUAGAUCGGACCCGGAUUCUGCACGGAACCUGUGUGGGCCUCCCGGACACCUCAAGCACGGAGGGCCAGGUGGUGCUGAAGGACAGCGCCACGGAGAGCGUGAGCGUCGACGAGGAGAAGGGAGACAAGAGCCAAUCCGAGUCAAAGGUAGAGGCUGCGCUCUCGGAUGUCACAGGUAAAGCCGGAAGUGAUGAGAACGAAGAGGAGCCCGGGACGAAGGCUGUGUCCACUUCACCUGGGGGGCGCUUCCUCAAGUUUGACAUUGAGCUGGGGAGGGGGUCCUUCAAGACCGUCUAUAAAGGUCUGGACACCGACACCUGGGUCGAAGUGGCAUGGUGUGAACUCCAGGAACGGAAACUGUCCAAAGCUGAGAGACAGAGGUUCAAAGAGGAGGCAGAGAUGUUGAAGGCUCUCCAACAUCCCAACAUUGUGCGGUUUUAUGACUUCUGGGAAUCACCUGUGAAAGGGAAGAAGUGUAUCGUUCUGGUGACAGAGCUAAUGACCUCAGGGACACUAAAAACGUAUCUGAAGCGUUUUAAGGUGAUGAAGCCUAAAGUUCUUCGUAGCUGGUGCAGGCAAAUUCUCAAAGGCCUCCAUUUCCUCCACACAAGGACUCCUCCAAUCAUCCACAGAGAUCUCAAGUGUGACAACAUCUUCAUCACUGGUCCCACAGGCUCCGUCAAAAUAGGAGACCUGGGCCUGGCAACACUAAAGAGGGCCUCCUUUGCUAAAAGUGUUAUUGGCACUCCAGAGUUCAUGGCCCCAGAGAUGUAUGAGGAGCACUAUGAUGAGUCUGUGGACGUCUACGCCUUUGGGAUGUGUAUGCUGGAGAUGGCCACCUCAGAAUAUCCCUACUCUGAAUGUCAAAAUGCUGCUCAGAUCUACCGCAAAGUCACCAGUGGGGUGAAACCUGCCAGCUACAGCAAAGUCAGUGACCCAGAAAUUAAAGAAAUAAUUGGGGAAUGUAUCUGCCACAGAUGGGAAGAAAGGUACUCCAUCAAGGACCUCCUGAAUCAUGCCUUCUUUGCCGAGGAUACAGGUGUGAGGGUGGAGCUCAAUGAAGAAGAUGACGGGAAGAAAUCAUCCAUUGCUCUGAAGCUAUGGGUUGAGGACACCAAAAAGCUGAAGGGGAAGUACAAGGACACUGGUGCCAUUGAAUUUUCCUUUGACUUGGUGAAUGAGGUACCAGAGGUUGUUGCACAAGAAAUGGUGGAAUCAGGUUUUUUCCUGGACUGUGAUGUGAAGAUAGUCGGGAAGUCCAUCCGGGACCGUGUGGCUCUCAUUAAAUGGAAGAGGGAUCGAAAGGUCUCGUCAGAAAAUGGCGAGGCAGCUGUGAAGAAGCCACAGCAGAACCUACUGCAGGUGCCCAGUACUAUUGUACCACAGGCACCGACAUUUGCUACGACAGAUUGUGAGGACCAAGAGGUGGAGCAGCAGACCCUGAUCUGCACCGUGCCAGCCUCCACGUAUGCCCCAUCUGACAGCGGAGUGAGCUCUGCCAUUCAAUUAGAUGAUCCAAGCAAUCAGCAAAAUGGCAUCUACCAGUCACUUUCAGAGCCCAUUUCCACAGCUCAAGUGAUCUACAGUCCUCCUGCACAGGUUGACCCUCAGCUGCACCAGGGGCCCUACCAGCAACCCACAGCACAGGCCUCUCAUGAAAACUACACACAAACAUCCACUCAAUUAAAUCAGGGAGCCUACCAGCAAACCACAGGUCAGCUGCAUCCUGGGGCCUAUCAUCAACCUGCAGCACAACUGCACCAGGGGUCUUAUCAGUCUCAGACAACAGAGUCUGCUCCAGCUACACCUGCCCCUAUUGGGCACCAGAGUAGACAGACAGCACAGAGCUUCCCAGCUGCAGAACUUACUCUACAGCCACAGCAUACUGCCCAACCCAGCCAGGAGCAGUGCCAUCUCCAACCAGCCGCUGUCCUUUCCCAGCUAUUAUCUGCUGACCAGCCUACCUCUCACCUGAAUCCUCCUGACAUAUCUACCAGUUUUCCACAGUCAGUGUCCUGUACUCCUCCCCCUCUCCUGCCCCUGCAGAUCAGCACACAGUUUCCCUCACCAUAUCCUGUUCAAAUAGGGGGCCUCACACACUCUCCCUUCCCCUCAUCUCCUCUGCCAUGUGCUUACAGCGGCAGUGGCCCUUUUAUGUCUAGCUCCCACUACUCACCUUCACCCCACCAUCCUUUCCUUCCUCUGACCCCCACCUUGGCCUCUAUACCCACUCUCAGCACCCCUCAGACCCCUUUGUCCACACCUCAGCACGUGGCCAAUGUGGCACUCCCUAUGCCACUUUUUGGCAGGGCCAUGUCUCCUGUAGUGCCCCAGCAGGUCAGUCCUCUCACAUGUCAGACAAACCUUGGUAGCUUCCAUGCCACCCACCCCUUACCUCUCUCCCAGGUACAACACACCCCAUAUCCCGCCCCCUACCUUGAGCAGGAAUUGGCUCAUCCACCUGUCCAGGUUCCGAUGAUUGCACCACAGGAUAAUUUGGGAGAUGUUCAACUUUUGGCUCACCCUGUCUUGCCUGCUGUUCAGACUCCUCUCUGGGGAAGCGGAGUAGAUGCAGAAACUUCUGCAGUUGGCCGAGACUUAAAUGUAGCUCCUACAGUUCAAGCCCCAGCCUCAAUCUCAGCUACAGCCCAGUUUGAAACUCAAGCUCCAGCACAAAACCAAACACCACUUUCAGUAUCAACUCAAGCUGGAGUCAUGCCUCAAACUCCAGCUUCAACAUUUGUUAAUGCCCCAACCUCGGUCCCAAUACAAGUUUCAACAUCAGUGCACACCACAGCCUCAGCCCCAGUUCAAACACCAGUCUCUGCAUCAGGUCUCACUUUUGAAUCACCAAAAGGCUCAUCUACAAACUCUGACACAUCUGUCCCAGGUUUAGGCUCUGCUCUAAUCCCUGUCAUGCUGCCAGCUACAACUCCUGUCACAGCUCCAGUUCUGCAGCCCACUGGCAUCCAGACAGUAGUCUCUGUGUCUGAGUGUGCCAGCCUGGCCACAACUCAGCAAAACUUUGAGUCGACAUCUGCAUCUAGCACCCUUCAACAAGAGCCCUGUGUAGAGGAUGUGCUUCAGGACAAACCCGUAUUCUUACUUAAUUAUGCUUAUGACAGUCUCAACUCUGAUGUGGCAUCUGGUAAGGAAACAAGUGACGGGUAUGACAGCUUGGCCAGUGGAGGGAAGGGGGACGGAAAACCCAGGAAACACCACCGAAAGUCUGCUCGCACUCGAUCCCGGCAAGAAAGGACAAGCAAACCUAAACUGAGCAUGCUUAAUGUUUGCAACACUGGUGAUAAAAUGGUUGAAUGCCAGCUAGAGACUCACAAUCACAAAAUGGUGACAUUUAAAUUUGAUCUGGAUGGAGAUGCUCCAGAGGAAAUAACCACGUACAUGGUAGAGAAUGGGUUUAUCCUACUGUUAGAAAAGGAGAUCUUCAUUGACCAGCUUAAGGACAUUGUGGAUAAAGCUGAAGACAUGCUGAAUGAAGACAUAGAGGGUGAAAGGGCCUCCGCCUUGAGUUGUAGUCCUGAACAAGGCCAGAUUUUUGAGGGCCUGGUAGGAGAGAGUCAGCAGCCUGGGGCACCUCAGCCUGUCUAUCAGCAGAACGUUCUUCAUACAGGAAAGAGAUGGUUCAUAAUCUGCCCCGUAGAGGAGACGCCCACAUCCAGCCAGGAAACCCCAUCUGAUGGUACAGCUACACACUCUCCGGGGAGUUCAGCCACCACCCAGCCUCCUGACAGUGGCACUGCAAAGCCUUCUGCAUCCAGAGAACAAGGGUCAUCCUCCACAAUGUCUGGUGGAAGUGGAGGCUUCACAUAUGAUCUGUAUGGAUUCUGUAGCCCUCCAAUAACUUCCAACACAGACCCUUUCCUCUUAGCUACUCUGUCUCCCCCUGUGUCUGCUCCGCCGACCCUUCAGUCAGUGACAUCACUGGAGCCUGUGGACAGCUCAGUGCAGCCUAGUGUUCAUCAUGCCCAGCCAGCCCAAGCUCAAACUUUACCCCCUUCAUCCCCACAUGCAUCUUUCCCAGUGGAUGAGUCACAGGGCUCCCCUUUGGGUUCCAUCUCCCCGACCCAUGCCGCUCAGCAGAUUCCCGACAUGACGUUUCCUGUUUCUAUGGCUGACGAGGUGCCCUGCUGCCCUCUGGUCAUGCCCCUGUCUCUGGAUGUGAGCGGUUUACAGGGUGGUUCUCCUCUGACUCCUCUUCCUCUCCAGGAGCAAGUUCCAGCCAAAGAGCCACUCUCUGUCUCCUAUGCCUCCGCAGCACGCAGCGAGCGCCCACAGCAGCCUGUGGUGCUGCACCAACCUUUUUCCAGCGUGGGAGGGACCAAAGUAUCCUCACUACCCCAGAGCCCAGCACUAUCCCAGCCCGCCACAGGGCCCGCUGAGUCAGACGGCGAAGGCCGACUUGGCCGAGGGGGCUUUGUGGACAGCACCAUAAAAACACUGGAUGAGAAACUAAGGAACUUGCUCUACCAGGAGUAUGCUCCCAUGUAUCCAUCAGGCAGUGCUGCAGAGACACCAGGCUAUGGCACUGAGUACAUCCAGUCUCCUCCUGGUCCAGACAGCGCCACAGGAGGGUCAGGAAAUAGCACGCCAGGGCCAAUGGGAGAGGGACGCUACAGGGCAGGAGAACAGCUGCCUCAAAUUCCAGAGAGGAUGGAUAGUUUAAGCACACUGAGUGACUCAGCCGUGUGUGCUUCCUUGUCAAGAAAACACGUCCCUCACUCUGCUUCCUGCUCUGGAACAAGAGGCCGCUUUAAGAUAAUCUCUGUUCCUCCUGAAGUGGCCAACAGACGAGACGUGAAGCAGAGGAGCUGGAGCAGUGCUGCCUCACCGGCACAUCCUGGAGGAUAUAGCGAGGACCACGUCCAGGCUGAGGCCAUGACUGCCUCCACCACAAUCGGUCGUUUCUCGGUGGUUAGCACUGAAGAUGACAUUACACAGAGGAUACGUUGCAGCCGCUACUCUGCCCCGCCUGAUUUCUACCUGGACACACCCCCAUCCAUGGCCAAGCGGGGCUCCCUGCCUCGCGCCCUGACCUCCAACUCUGUCGCUGUGGAUGUCACAGUUCAUGCUCGGUUCCUCUCCUCAGACUCGGGGGCUGAGAGCAGCCCUGCAAAGCUGGCUCCUGCCACCCCGUCUCAACAUACUCGCUCUGAGCGCAGAGGAAGUGACCUCAUGAAGAGAGCUGUAGCCUUCCUCCGUCGUUCAGGGCGCAGCAGCAGUGUGCAGAGCUCUGACUCACCAAGUAGGCAUGGAGGCGUGCAUGGCUCUGCAUAUGCCAGUAGCGAUAAUGACUCAGAGAUGGAGGACUCGGACAUGAAGAAGGAACUACAGAGACUCAGGGAGAAACAUCUAAGGGAGAUCUCUGAGCUGCAAGCCCAUCAGCGGGGGGAAGUGGAGCUGCUGUAUCGCCGGCUUGGCAAAGCCCCUCCUACGGGUCUGGGUCUCUCACACGUUGCACCACAUGCUGGCCGUAGGAAGAGGUCCAGCAAGCACAGGCUGAAGCCUGGCAAACUUCUCAGCCCUCUGGUUCAACAAUUUAGGAAUGUCACAACCAAGACUAGUGACUCCAGCAGAUCGAGUGCUGCUACAGGUACAAGUGAGCCCACAGUGAGUUUAAAUGGCUCUCCAGCCAAAGGGUCUGUCCCUACUCACAGCAGGGCACGAUCAUGCACCAGCCACCUUCCCAGCUCAACCUCAGAGCCCGUGCAGACUCAGCAGCCCUGUUCCCUCAAGGGCUCUUUGUCUUCUGAUAAUAUUUACGCUGGACUACGCCGAGAUGGCACCGGCACACAAGUUCCACCAGGACAAGGCUGGUCUAAUUACCCUCAAACAUCUGAGAGAGUGACCAAUAAAUCGAGUAGCAAGCCACGAGCUAGAUUUCUCAGUGGGCCUGUGUCUUUGUCUAUCUGGUCAACGCUGAAGCGACUGUGUCUCGGCAAAGAGCGUGGCAACAGGUCUGGAGCCGGACCAGGGGCUUUUAAUCAUUCACAGCAGCCGUCUACUGGUGUCACACCUCCUUCUCAUCAGCCAGUAGUAGGACUGGCCCAAGCUCAAGCCAAUAACAGCAACAACAAGACAAGCUCAUACACUGGCUCAUCCAUGAGUGCCAAUGAAAAGAACCUGCCUGAAGACUUCCAGCGGCUGAUGGAGGACUGGGCCCAGGAGGUUCUUAUCGUCACCCACAGGCCGCGCACUAACUCUCUGAGCAUCAGUGGGCAGCAGCUUUCGAAUCAGGUUGUGCCUCGAACACAUGGACAGCAGACUAGUGCCUCAGAUGUAUCAUGGACAGCUCAAGGCUCAGAGGCCUGCAGUCUUCCCCUGUCUUGGCCUGAUAGCCCUGGGUCAAGAAUGAUGACCAACCCCUCCACAGGGCCCCAUCCCAGUUAUCCUGCUCCUAGCCACUGGCCUGGGUUGCUAUUCCCACUUCCUUCAGGAGUCUUUGCCUUUCCUGCUGUGCCCUCAGCCCAGGACGCCCCCAGCCCUGUUUCAGCUCCAUCAAAUCAGCUGCCUGACCCCAAAGCCAGGACUCUCUAACCUGAGUAGCAUUGUGUCUUCCAAUUCCAUUACCAAAAAAGAAAUGUCCUUAGAGAUCUAGUUAAUCUUAUGUGCAUAUACUGUAUACAUUUAACCAGCAUGUGUUUAUUUAUAUGGACAUACCUGUCUCCAUUCUUGAGUUUUAUGUUAUUUGUUUAAAUUGCAUCAACAUACCUCAUGUCCAUAUUACAGUACAUAAUCCUUGAGUGGUGUGUAAUGGUAGUAGUACAUUAAAACAUGUAUAAUUACCCCAAUCAGGCUUACAGGAGAAGAUUUGAUUAAUUACUUAUAAAUGUACCUUACCACUCAUUGAAUGUACAUAAUGUACUAUUCAUUCAUGGUAUGUUUUAUAUAAAUAGUUCAUGUUUGUGUUGCUCAUAUCACUCUAUAUAUAUAUAUAUAUAUAUAUAUAUAUAUAGGCUGCCAUGUGUAUAUAUGAAUUAUUGUUGAUCUGUACAUAGCUCCUGUGUUUGUACAGUUAACAUUAGAUAAUCCAUUGGUCGGUGCUGCAGAUAUGUGUGUUAAUGCAACACCUUGUUAGCCACCAUCAUGCCAUCACUGUGAAAACUUGACAUUCCGGUCACUAGGACCGGAUGCUUUAUUCUGCUCUUUCAGUCCAAGGAUAGUUUUCAUUUUUCAUCAAUUAAAUGCUUCCAGCACAAGCGCUUGAAAAUAUCCUAUAGAGAUUUGAAUGAACUUGAAUUUUAGCUGCAGGUGAAAAAACACCUGUGAGAGUGCCUUGAAUUGCAGUUUCAGUUUUAUGAAGAAAAGCAUUUAGAUCCAAAGCAGACACGAGAUAUUCUAUGUAUGCUUUCACCUCCAAAGGUAAAUUAUGUGAUUUGAAUAAUGAAUGUGAAUUGACACAUAUUUGAUUUAGCAACAAAACUUAAUUUAACACUGUAAUCUGGUCAUGGUGCAGUUCAUAAAAUAUCACAGAUUGAAAAACAAAAUCUUAUUCACUGAAGUAUUUUUCACGUGGGAUUGCUCUACAACCUGCACCACCACCUGCAUGAAUACACUGAUAUUCUAAAUGUGCACAGGUCGGUGUGGUUAGUAACAGGAUGUAGCAGGAGAAACUGGCAUACGUCAAGGAGGGCUAAAAGACUCAACAUACGAGUCAGAAUCCUUAUUAUGCCAUACCUCGAUUAAUGCAGUCUGUAGCUUUACAUAUGGUUGCCUUUGUGGUUUUUAAGAGAUUACCGAGUGUUGUUUGAUACAUGAUAUGACAAUGUUAGAGGCACACGAAGAAUGUGAAUUAUUGAGAAGCCACAACUGUUUGACAUCUCAUUUGUACAAUGCAUAGGUUUUCUAAAUUAUAUUUAUUCAAUGCUGGCCUCACAAGAUCAUCUGGCUCAUACAGCUGAUUCUAUGUAUUAUGGCUGACUUAAUUCAAAGACCUGCAACAAUCAUAACGCUAUCACUUAAUUCAAUAGUGCAGCCUCAAAAACAACUCUUUCACUUUCAAUACUUACUUCUCUUGUUUAACUUCUAUUAGCAGAAAUCCUUCUGAAGAAUAGUUUGUUAAAUGCAUCAAUGUGAUGUGUUUUGGUAAGACAAAGCAGUGGCGAAAAACUCUAUGAAGUCAAGAAGUAGGUUUGAGUAAAUAUUCAGACAGAGUAUGGGUUAAGCUCCAGGAUUGUUGGAACCUACAUCUUCCCAUAAUAAAACUCAAUAUCAUUGCUGACAUCAUCAUGGUCAUUUUUCAAAAUUUUGAAUGCUCUUUCCAGAGCCACAGAAGACAGAUGGAGUGCCGCUUCUAAAAACCUUCCUUGUUUGCACAGUGCAACAAUAUUUUGAUUUAACCUGAAUAUUUUGUCUUGAAGACAAAUAGUUUUCCAUGAUGACAUGUACAUUAUUUUUAUUUUUAUUGAGAACAUCUAUGUAGCUAUUUUCUUUGUGCUUUACACAGAAAUUCAUGUAUUUGAUCUCUUUAAUGCAAUGAAAGAGAGGCUGAUGGUUCUUUUUGCUGCUGUAUCACCUGUCUCCCUGCCAUUUCCUGACCUCGUCCGAUCGGUACUCUUUCACAAAAGCUGUACAUACUUGAAGGCAGAAAUAAUAAAUUCAUUUUUGCUUGACACCAUA